AUGCGACUUAAUGAAAUCAAAGUUGAAAUGGAAAAAUCUCGUACAAAAAGUCUGCACAUCACUAGAUAUCAGUUAUUUAGUCGUCUUAAGUGUACGGUAUCUCAUCAUGCUAUCUCGUUAUUAAAAAACGAAUACAAUGAUAGAUGUAAGAAAAUAGGUACAAAUGCUGAGGCUUGUGGAUGUGAAAUGAGGAACAACUAUGGUUUACCGUGUGCUCAUGAAAUGUGUGAAUUAAUGAAUACGUAUACUCCAAUUGAUUUGUUAGAUGUCCAUAUAUUCUGGAAGACUUUGGACAUGGAGGGACGGAAUUUUCAGGAGAAACAGGGUUUACGACAAACAUCUUCACAACGAAUAGACGAAUUAGUAGCAAUGAUGAAACAAUACCCUCCUGAUCAACAAUACUUUUUUGCAAAUGUUAUGUAUAAUAUACUGUUUCCUGAAUCUACCAAUUUGAAGCAGCCAAUAUAUCGUCCCCACAAAGGUCGUCCAAAACAUAAUCCAACAAAGAAGGAUAAAUCUGGUUGGGAGCAUUCCGAGAAGAAUGCUACUACAGGAUUGAAGAAAAAACAGAAUUCGAAUAAAGAUUCUAAACAAGAUGCUGACAAAAAAUCAAAAGGACAUAUAAAUGUGCGUGGUGAUGGACACUGUGGUUUUCGAGUAAUUGCCACUUUUGAGUAUGGUGACGAAAAUAAAUGGCUUGAUGUGCGGCGUGAUUUACAAGAUGAGUUAACCAAGCAUGUGGAGUUACAUAGAGAUAGAGAAGUAUUGGGAAGUUUGAGCAUGGUAGUCGCUACUAGAUAUCAAAGAAUUGUGACUAGUUGGUCAAAAAAUCAACCUGUUACAUUCUUACCAUUGGAGACUCGAUUGGUUGAUCAACCGCCAUCUAUAUACAUCAAUUUAGCUUACGUAUGGAGUAAUCAUUAUAUUUCUCUCCACAUGCCACCAAAUAUUCCUUUACCACCUAUUUUUUCCUCUAACAUCCAUAAUGGCUGCUCUGAUGUGCAACAAUGGGCUUCAACUAUAUUCAAGGAUCAACUUGAUUUAUAUCGUCAAUUAAAUGGUGAUAAAUAG